AGUCAUGCAAAGUAAAUGAGAUUAGUAUCGACAUUCGCGCGUUGAAGGGAGGAAAGAAUCGUAAUUGAAUCUCGAGCCAAUUUCUUAUCAAUCUCACGUAUCCGUUGAUUGAUAUCAAUUGAUAUCGGUGGCGCGCGUUUAGCAUCGAACCGCGCGCCUGCUAAUCGCGCAGAUUAUCGUAUCGAAAUAUCGUGAUCAUAUCGGACAACGGCAACCGAUUUAACGAUAAAGGAUGAUAAAAAACGUUAUUCUAUGCAGCAGCCACGCGAUCAUUAUGUCGGCUUAUUAUCGCGGAUCGCAAAUACCGCCGCGACAAUAGAAGACGCGGAUUGCACAUAAGAUUCGUUUACGCUUGAAUUUGACAGCUGCUGUAUCUGCAACGCAAAGCCUCGUUUAUCGUUCAAGAACUGCGGAUACACGAAAAUAAGUCGCGGCGAUCUCACGUAAUUUUAUUAUUAACAAAUAGUGAAUCAAGUUAGUUCAAAUAUUGCUCCACAUUGCUUCCUGUAUUAUAAUGGUAACCUUGUUAUUUUGUCGCAAAAUGUCAUUAGUCGCCACGUGAUUGAUCGUGCCUCACAAAAUUUUUCACGUUAAGAUUCGUCCUUAUCGUCAUCAUGUGAGAAACGACCGAGUGAUUGAUUAUUUUUUCAGUGAUAUCUGUGUAUUAUUGAUAAUCGUUGGAGUGACCUACAUAUGUUAGGCGAAAUCUCAUUGUUUUUCCGCUCGCAUAACGCACAGUCUUUGUCCACGUGAGAAACGUGAAUAAUGCAUUUUGUCAUGUUUUUUGCUACGAUGCAUUUUCUAAUUCUGUAUUUCCUUUGAGCAACAUGGUAUGGAGUGCGACACUUUCCUGUGAUUUACGAUUGCUAUUUCGGAUUUACGGGCACGAUAUGAUCAAUACAUAAGAGAUAAAACACUUUGAAGACAAUUAUUAGGGAUCCAUGUAUAAUAAAUAUAUACUGACGUGCACUGCAGCGUGUGGAAUCCUUCUAAGGUGACACUUGGUUUUGUCAUGCGGAAUAGAUCAGUCAGUAUAAUUUUUGGGUCCCUUAUCUUAUGGGCUGUUGCUACAUACUUUUUGUUUUUGGAUCAACAAUCAGUUGGCAAAGAUCAGGAUAAGGAUAAACUGUCAAAUCAAAUUAGCAAAUUGGAAAAACAAGUAAGACAACAGAUAAUUAUAAAUCAGGAGCUUCUUCAAGGAAUCAAUGAGAGUAAACGUCGUAAGAAAUACGAAAAAUCAAAUGCUGCCCAAUUAUCAAUAACUAAGAUUGAGACAGACAAAAAACAUGAAGUCAACAAAUUUGACAGCAUCUUAUUGCAAAAGAUUGAGAAUAACAUUGAUCAGAGAAACUCUAAAAAUGAACAGAAGUCAACACAUGAUACCAUCUUAUCUACAGAGGCAAGUCACGAAAGUACUACUCUAAAACAAAAACUACCUGAUGGAUCUCCAAUAAUAGCUGUUUUAGUUGUUUCUUGUAAUCGUAUUACAGUAGACCGGUGUUUAAAUCAAUUAAUAAAAUUGAGACCUAGUAAAGAACAAUUUCCAAUAGUUGUAUCGCAAGACUGUGAUCAUCGACAAACUGCUGAUGUCAUAGCGAGAUAUGGAAACCAGUUACUACAUAUAAAGCAACCUGAUCAAUCUGAUAUUGAAAUACCACCCAAAGAAAAAAAAUUCAGGGGAUACUUUAAAAUUGCACGUCAUUAUAAAUGGGCGUUAAAUCAAGUAUUUGUAAAGCUUGGAUAUAGUACUGCAAUUAUUGUUGAAGAUGACUUGGACAUUGCUCCAGACUUUUAUGAGUACUUCCUGGGGACUUAUCCCCUAUUAGUAAAUGAUAGCUCUCUAUGGUGUGUGUCUGCAUGGAAUGAUAAUGGUAAAGCUGGCUUGGUGGAUGAACAUGCGCCACAUUUACUUUAUAGAACAGAUUUCUUUCCUGGCUUGGGUUGGAUGCUCACACGCGAUUUAUGGUUGGAGCUUGCAUCAAAAUGGCCAAAAUCAUAUUGGGAUGAUUGGAUAAGGCAACCUGAACAGCGAAAGAAUAGAGCUUGCAUCCGCCCAGAAAUAUCGCGAACCAGGACAUUUGGCAAACUUGGAGUUAGCAAUGGCUUAUUCUUUGAAAAACAUUUAAAAUACAUCAAGCUUAAUGAACAAUUUGUGCCUUUUACCAAGAUGAAUCUAUCCUACUUGCUAAAAGAUAAUUACGAUAUAGCUUUCGUCAACCAAGUGUAUCAGUCAACAGUCGUUAGCUAUACAGAAUUGAAAAGUGGGAACAUAGUUGCUCCCGGUCCAGUACGGAUACCCUAUUACACUCGUCAAUCGUUUAAAAAUACCACCAAAUUGCUUGGUUUAAUGGACGAUUUCAGGAGCGGUGUACCUAGAUCUGGAUAUCGUGGCGUGGUGACGUUUUUCUAUAAUGGGAGGCGUGUGCAUUUAGCGCCAAGUGCAAACUGGAGUGGUUACGAUAUUACAUGGAGCUAACACAUAAUAAUGCUUUACAGAGACUUGUAGAUUGCAUAAGAAUAUUGUGCAUUUCUUUUUUCAUAUUCAAUGGAUUAAGUGAAUAUAUUGGUUGAGAUUAAGUGACAAUGAAACAUGUAUUUACGACUAUAACAUACUGCUGUGUACUCCUCAGAAUUACAGCCGAUAUUAUAAUUUUCGUAUGAUCCGUUUUAGAUGAUCUUUCUUGUAGAAAGUGCGACAUAUAUAUAUAUAUAUAUAUUUACAUAUUACGUAUAUAUAUUUUUCAAAAAUUAUAUCCAUUGUUUUUUGAACGACUGAUAAAGAGAAUUAUUGUCAAUGUAAAAUUGAUCAUGCCUCAUGUAUAUAAAAUGCUGCAGUAAUAUUGACAAAGCAAUACUAUUUUGAUUAGUUACUAGGUAUCUUCCAAAAUAAGAAUGUGUUGAUAUUUUUGCUCAUUUUAUGAUGAUUAGUUUUGUUAUAGUUAUAUGACAUAAAAUAAUGAAAAAAUUUUAUUGAAAAACUCAAA